AUCAACAGCCGCCAUCUUGUCGCGGACGAGCGUCAGGAUUUCGGGAGAGCAUUAAUUCAUUUUUUACGUACCCGGAUCCGUCGGAACCAGCCCACCUAUCUUCCCUGCGACGACAUCGACCAGCUCCGGGCCAAACCGAGGAUAUUUGCUGGGAAUAUCAGCGGAAUGGAGCCGUUUUUGUGGUCGGCUGGAAAGCCCCUGCAUGUCUGAUUUUCCCCUUCAGCGCGAGCGGCGCUCCUGUGCCACUCGCAAAUAUUAAAAUAUAAUUAUUUCCUCGCGUUUUCCAUUCGUAUUUACGGACUUCGUUUAUUAUUCGAUUCGAGCUGGACAUGGAGCUCGAAGGUCUUUAUUUUUAUUCGCAGAAAAAAGCCUCUUUGAAAAGACCCACACGAACCACUUGAAGGAAUCGGAGGCAUCGGUGUUUUUCCACGUCGUUUGUUCUCGGUUUUAACGAUGAUAUAAUUGAUUUUCGGGGGGUUUGGGGCGAUCAUUACGGUUAAUUAUGCGGGUUUUGGGUGUUGGAUUAUCAUGGGGUGACUGGCGGUGGCGGAGCGGGGCGCUGUCGAGUCGCUGUUAAUUAUUGGCUCCUGAUCGCUGAAUAAUAAUAGAAAACUCGAGGUUUGAUUUGAUUUAUUUCGCUUUGUCCCCCUCUCCUGGGCUCUGGAAAGACGCAUUUAUUGCUUUUACGUGUUUUUUUGUCAAGUAAGGCAACAGGAUGGCGGAUAAUCUACUGGAUAUGGGCCCCCCGAACGCAAAGCGGCCCAAACUGAACUCACCUGCGCUGUCCUCCUCCGACACUCCAGACGGUUCCAGUAGGUGUGUUGUUUGCCAGUUGGGUGUUGCUGCUCUUGUUAUUGUGAGCGUGUGGCAGCCGUGGCUACGCUAUUAUUCCAGCCGUGUUUGCAUUAGUGUACAUACAAACACAGCCAAGCGUAUAAACGCUGCCCUCCACCAGCUUUAGGCAGGCAGCUGGCUGCACAGUUUAAUGUCUCAGCUGAAGCAUGACUGAUUUGGGGAAGGAUGCUUUGGGGAGAGCGCAACAGAUCUCAAAGAGACACGGAGCAGCUCAUCGUCUCCCUCCUCAUGGGAGAUCUAACACACUCCGAACAACUGCUGCCUGGUUUUACGAAUGGCACGAUGCUUUCAAGAGAACCUCAAGAUGCUCUGCAGAAGGAGUGGACUAAGAAUCACUGCAACAUCCAACAUUCGACUUUAACUUUGUCAGGUGUUUUGAUGUCAACAUUUCUCUGUUAUACUUUGUGUCCCUGUUCGACUUGGAAAAUGAUCUUCCAGAUGAGCUGAUACCCAAUGGAGACCUUGGGCUUAUGUCCAUGUCCUCUAACGGGGAUGGAGGGGUGGGAGGCCGGAUGGGGGGCUCUGUCCCAGACGCUGCUGCCAAACACAAGCAGCUGUCCCAGCUCCUGCAGGCAGGGAGCGGCCCCAGUCUAGCUGGAAACCUCAGCUCCGUCAGCCCUCAACCUGGAAUGAAUCAACUGGGUGCUUUGGGGAAGAGUCCGAUGGGCCAGGGCUCACCUGGUCACCAGACUCAGCCUCCGAAGUCUGUCGGCACUCCUACCGGUCAGGGCAACAAUAGUCCGGGGAUGGGUCUCAAUGCUGGCUUCAACCAAGCCAUGCUGAACAACAACAACCAGACUCAUGGACUCAUGGGGCAGAACAUGGCUCCACAGGGGCAGAUCAUGAAUGGCGUUAUGGGGCCAGCCGGAAGAGGAAGGCCAGCUCCAGGAAUGCAAUACCAGGGUCAGGCCAUGCAGGGGGCGCCAGUCGGAGGCGGUGCCAUGCCAGGGGUCAGUGUUUCUGGCAGCGUACUCGCUGAGACGCUUACCCAGGGUGCACCACAGAUAGGGGCACACAACGCUAUCAACCACCAGCAAGCGGGAAACAUGAACAAGAUGGGUCUUGCGACCACUAACGGCCCGUUCGGGCAGCAAUACGCACAAGGCUCAGUCCAACAGAUGACCAGUGCCGGGAUGAACGCGCAGCUCCAGAACAAGGCAGCUCUUUCCAACAGUCUGCAGCCCACCCUGAAGGGUGCUUCCAGUGUGCCAAAUCUGCUGCAACAACAGGUGCCCUCUGUGGGCAUUGUCCCGGGACAGGGGGUGUCGACAGGUCCCACGGCCGACCCGGAAAAGCGCAAACUGAUCCAGCAGCAGCUGGUUCUGCUGCUUCACGCCCACAAGUGCCAGCGGCGCGAGCAGGCUAACGGCGAGAUGCGCGCCUGCGCCCUGCCCCACUGCCGCACCAUGAAGAACGUCCUCAAUCACAUGACCCACUGCCAGGCUGGCAAAUCCUGCCAAGUGGCACACUGCGCCUCGUCUAGACAGAUCAUCUCGCACUGGAAGAACUGCACCCGUCACGACUGUCCCGUCUGUCUGCCACUGAAAAACGCCAGUGACAAGAGGAACCAACAGCCAAUGCUGAACUCCCCUAACACUGGCAUGCAGGCUCCUCUGGGUCCCGUUGGCACCAGUCAACCUGCAGUGCCCACUAUCAGCAGCGGCACACAUAUAGACCCCAGCUCCAUGCAGAGGGCGUAUGCAGCUCUGGGCCUCCCGUACGGGAACCCGUCAGCUGCGCAGACACAGGUUGCAGGACAGCAGCCCACGCAGACCCAGCAGCAGCUGCGCACCUUGAAUGCAUUAGGCACUAACCAGAUGAACAUGGGCGGUAACGGUCUGGGCGAUCAGACGAAUCUUCACACUGAUUCCUCUCUCCCCUCAUCCCUCAACAGCAAUCUGAUGAUGGCAGACGGGUCAAGUAUGGGUGGCACAGGGAACUUGCCCACAGCGGCGCCGCUGUCCAUGCCCGGCAUGAAGAAGCCCUGGCACGAGCAUGUUACUCAGGACCUGAGGAACCAUCUAGUGCACAAGCUAGUUCAAGCCAUAUUCCCCACACCAGACCCUGCAGCACUGAAGGACAGACGCAUGGAGAACCUGGUAGCUUAUGCCCGUAAGGUUGAAGGGGACAUGUAUGAGUCUGCCAACAGCAGGGAUGAGUAUUACCACUUCCUGGCUGAGAAGAUCUAUAAGAUCCAGAAGGAGCUGGAGGAGAAGAGGAAGUCCAGGCUGUCAAAGCCACCCAUGGGCCCUCAGGGUCCUCAGCAGCCUGGCCUUCCACAGCCUAACGCUAUGGGACCCGCACAAGCCAUCCGGCCACCAAAUGGACCUGUUCCCAUGUCCAAUGUGCCAAAUUCAUUGAUGGCCCGCAUCCAAGUCCCUCAAGGGAUGGGUCAGUUCAACCCUGUGACGAUGCAGAAUGUGCAGAUGAACCAGUCACCGGUGGGUGCUCCGCGAGCUGCGUCCCCAAUGACCCACCCCAAUCAGAUGGGCAUGGGCACCGUUUCAGCGAUGAGUAUGUCUCCCUCCAGGAUGCCACAAGCACAAGGCAUGAUGGGAGGUCAUGCUAACAACAUGGUGGGCCAGACAACCAAUCAGAACCAGUUCAUGAACCAGACACCGUUCCCAGCCUCAGCAGGAGGCAUGAAUGUGAAUGUAAACCUGGCCCAGCAGUCAGGACAAGGUGUUGUACAGCAGCAGCCAAACGCUAACCUGACCCUGAAUGCCGUGGCCUCCCUGGGCCCUCAGUCUGCUCUGUGCUCCACCCCUCCUCCACCCUCUGCCUCCACCCCAGCAGCUGCUGCUAACCUACAGGCACUCCAGGCUCAGCCCUCCACGCCGGUCUCCACUGGGGGCCAGGCCACGCCCACCCACAUCCCCAGCGGCUUACCCCGCACUCCCUCCGCCCUGGGCUCCUCCCCUGCCCCUUCCCAGCCGCUCACGCCCCUGCAGUCCCAGCCUGAGCCCCCCAUGCAGAUGCAGCAGCCCACCUCUGUGCAAGCCCAGCAGCCCAGCACUCCGCUCUCUCAGAUGGCCGCUAGCAUUGAUAACAGGGUUCCCACACCUGCGUCAGUGGCCGAGACCCACCCACAGCAAGCUUUGCCCGACUACACUGGUGCUGAGCCCAAAAGUGAGCAUCAAGAAGACGAGCAGGAAUUUGAGUCUGGGAAAAAACAGCCUAAUGUCAAAAUGGAGGAUGAAGAUGUCAAACCUCCACAAGUGAAGGAGCAGCCAGAGUCUGUAGAACCUAAACAAGAACCGAUGGAGACAGAAGAGAAGAAACCAGAGACAAAGACAGAGCCGAAAGAGGAGGAAGUGUCCAGCAGCAACAGCACAACGCCAGCUGGUCAAUCCGCCCAGUCACGAAAGAAAAUAUUUAAACCAGAGGAGCUCAGACAGGCGUUGAUGCCCACCUUAGAAGCUCUGUAUCGGCAAGACCCAGAGUCCCUGCCCUUCCGACAGCCUGUGGACCCCACUUUACUGGGCAUCCCGGAUUAUUUCGACAUCGUGAAGAACCCCAUUGACCUCUCCACCAUCAAGAGGAAGCUGGAUACGGGUCAGUACCAGGAGCCCUGGCAGUACGUGGAUGACAUCUGGCUCAUGUUCAACAAUGCAUGGCUCUACAACCGCAAAACAUCUCGCGUUUACAAGUACUGCUCGAAGCUGGCUGAGGUGUUUGAGCAGGAGAUUGACCCCGUCAUGCAGGGUCUGGGCUACUGCUGUGGACGCAAGUAUGAGUUUUCACCUCAGACUCUUUGCUGCUAUGGCAAACAGCUUUGCACAAUCUCCAGAGACGGCACAUACUACAGCUACCAAAACAGUUCACCCAAAUAUGGCCUUGUUGCCGACAGGUAUCACUUCUGCGAGAAGUGCUUCAACGAGAUCCAGGGCGACAGCGUCACCCUGGGAGAUGACCCAGCGCAGCCGCAGACUAUGAUAUCGAAGGAGCAGUUUGAGAAGAAGAAAAAUGACAUGUUGGACCCUGAGCCUUUUGUUGAAUGUAAAGACUGUGGCCGUAAGAUGCAUCAGAUCUGUGUGCUGCAUUAUGACGUCAUCUGGCCAUCAGGUUUCAUCUGUGACAACUGUCUGAAAAAGUCUGGCAAAACAAGAAAGGAGAACAAAUUUUCUGCUAAAAGGUUACAGAGCACCAGACUGGGCUCGUACAUUGAAGACCGGGUGAAUAAGUACUUGAAAAGGCAGAAUCACCCAGAGGCUGGAGAGGUGUUUGUGCGGGUGGUCGCAAGCUCGGAUAAGAAUGUAGAGAUUAAACCUGGAAUGAAAUCCAGGUUUGUUGACUCAGGAGAGAUGUCAGAGAGCUUUCCCUACAGAACCAAAGCACUUUUUGCAUUUGAGGAAAUUGAUGGAGUGGAUGUGUGUUUCUUUGGAAUGCAUGUCCAGGAAUAUGGAUCUGAAUGUCCCUUUCCUAACACCAGACGGGUAUACAUAUCAUAUCUUGACAGUAUUCACUUCUUCAAGCCUCGGUUGCUAAGAACUGCAGUUUACCAUGAAAUUCUCAUUGGUUAUUUGGAAUAUGUUAAGAAACUUGGAUAUGUAACAGGUCAUAUUUGGGCCUGCCCACCCAGUGAAGGGGAUGACUACAUCUUCCACUGUCAUCCUCCUGAUCAGAAGAUCCCCAAGCCCAAGAGACUCCAGGAGUGGUACCGCAAAAUGCUAGACAAGGCCUUUGCAGAACGAAUCAUCCAUGACUAUAAGGACAUAUUUAAGCAGGCCACAGAGGACCGGCUGACAAGUGCCUACGAGCUGCCCUAUUUCGAGGGUGAUUUUUGGCCCAAUGUUCUGGAGGAGAGCAUCAAGGAGCUGGAACAGGAAGAGGAGGAAAGGAAAAAAGAGGAGAAUACGGCCUCUUUUGAGACAAUAGAGGGAGCUCAAGCCGACAGCAAGAACGCCAAAAAGAAGAACAAUAAAAAGACCAACAAAAACAAGAGCAGCGUGAGCCGCGCCAACAAAAAGAAGCCUGGGAUGCCGAAUGUAGCUAAUGAUCUGUCCCAGAAGCUUUAUGCAACGAUGGAGAAGCACAAAGAGGUAUUCUUCGUGAUUCACCUGCAUGCUGGUCCAGUGGUCAACACCCUUCAUUCGAUCAUGGACCCUGACUCACUGCUGACCUGUGAUCUGAUGGACGGACGUGAUGCCUUCCUGACACUUGCCAGGGACAAGCACUGGGAGUUCAGUUCCCUACGCCGCUGUAAAUGGAGCACUAUGUGCAUGCUGGUGGAGCUACACAAUCAGGGCCAAGACCGAUUCGUGUACACCUGCAACGAGUGCAAGCACCACGUAGAGACACACUGGCAUUGCGCCAUCUGUGAGGACUUUGAUCUAUGCAUUAACUGCUACAGUGCCAAGGGCCACAAGCACCAAAUGGUAAAGUGGGGUUUGGGCCUGGACGACGACAGCAACAACCAGGGCGGCGAGGCCAACAAGAGCCCGCAGGAAAGUCGACGCCUCAGCAUCCAACGCUGCAUCCAGUCUCUGGUGCACGCCUGCCAAUGCCGCAAUGCAAACUGCUCACUUCCGUCCUGCCAGAAGAUGAAGCGUGUGGUGCAGCACACCAAGGGCUGCAAGCGCAAGACCAAUGGAGGCUGCCCCGUCUGCAAGCAGCUCAUCGCAUUGUGCUGCUACCACGCCAAGCACUGCCAGGAGAACAAGUGCCCCGUGCCCUUCUGUCUCAAUAUCAAGCACAAGUUGCGACAACAGCAGAUUCAGCAGCGGCUGCAGCAGGCUCAGAUGAUGCGAAGGCGUAUGGCGCUAAUGCAGUGCAGAGGAAUGCCUCAAAGUCUGCCCUCCCCAACUACCUCAGGAGGUCCCGGGACACCUAACUCUCAGCAGCUGCAGCAGCCUAAUACACCUCAGACCGCACAGUCAUUAGCCAGCCAGCCGCAGCAGACACAUCAGAAUGUGGCGGGAAUGGUGCAAGCUUUCCCCAGCCAAACCUCUACACCAGGGUCCCAGGGUAAAACAGGACAGCAGUCCUCACCUCUGCCCCAGCAGCAGUCUCCCCUGCCCAUGCCCCCUCAACAACAGCCACAGCCCUCGCCACAGCAACACACGCAACAGGCUGCAAUGAAUGUUGCAAGACAAAUUGAAAUGAUGACCAAAGUUAAGCAGCAGCAGCAGCAGCAGCAACAACAACAACAACCACCACCACAGCAAGAUUACAGAAUGAAUAUGAAUGGCAUGCCGAUGAACCAACCACGCAUGAUGGCUCCCAUCCCAAUGGGACCACGAGGUCCUCAGAUGGUUCAGAACAUGCAGCCCGGCCAGUGGACACCUGGCAUGCAAGGGCAAAUGCAGAAUCCGCAGGCACCUCCACUGCAGCAAGUGCCCCAACCGCAGAUGGCAAUGGCACCUCAGCAGCCCCAGGUAACACAGACGCCCCAACAACCCCCCAUGAUGCAGCGCCCCAUGAUGCAGCAGCCAAGGCAGAUGCAGGGUGCCAUGCCUCCACAGCAGGUGCCUCAACAGGCCCCAACACAAGUCAUGCAGCAAAGAGGGGUGGCCAGCAGUAUCGCGCCAGGAGCGCUUCAGGACCUGCUGCGCACCUUAAAGUCACCAAGUUCUCCGCAGCAGCAACAGCAGGUUCUCAAUAUCCUCAAGUCAAAUCCCCAUCUCAUGGCGGCAUUCAUCAAACAGCGGACGGCGAAAUACCAGGCCAGCCAGCCACAGCAACUGCAGCAGAACCCACAGGCCAUGCUCGCAGGUCAGCCGGGAAUGCAGAACAUGGCCGCCAUGCAGGCUGGCACUGUGCAGCGACCUGGCCUACCGCCUCAGCAACCUCAGCCCGCCGCUACUCAGGCCAUGGCUAACCUCGGACCCCAGGGACAAAUGAUGAACGCCGCACACAACGGAAACCAGCAGUUGUUUCGCCGGCAGCUCAUGCGACAGAUGCAACCAGGCAUGCCUCCAGGACAAGGGAGAUUCCCGCAACCUCAAGGAGCGGCGAGUUACUCUCAAAUCCGCAUGCAGCAACAGAUGGCCAUGCAAGGAAGCACUGGGCCCAUGGGUCAGAUGGCUCCUAUGGCGCCAAUGGGCCAGCCUGUCAUGAGCAUGGACACCCAGCAGAAUAUGCUGCAACAGCGCAUUCUGCAGCAGCAGCAACAACAACAGCAGCAGCAAAUGCUAAAGCAGCAGAUGGGCUCGCCGGCACAAGCCGCUUCCAUGAGCCCACAACCCCACAUGCUUGCAGGACAGCCUCAGGGAGCUCACCUGCCCGGACAGGCCAUGGCCAACGCGUUGGGCAACCAAGUGAGGUCACCUGCUCCUGUGCAAUCACCCCGCACCCCUUCCCAACAGCCACCACAUUCCAGCCCAUCCCCGCGCAUGCAGCUUCAACCCUCCCCACAGCAUGUCACCAUGCACUCUGGCUCCUCCCACCCCAGCCUGGCGGGGCCCAUGUCAGGCCCCAUGGACCAGGCACACCUGUGCACACCUGAACAGAGUGCAAUGCUUCCACAGCUGAACACGCCAAAUCGUGGAGGGCUGACUAACGACUUGAGUAUGUUUGGCGACACCACGGGAGACACAUUAGAAAAGUUUGUAGAGGGAUUGUAGCAUUAAGAGACAUUUUAGGAGAAUGGUGUGCGUUUUCUACACAAGUUGUACUUAAAUAAGAGAACUCGACCUGAAGAUGACUAAAUAAUGGAUUGUAAGAGGUUUACACAACUAAUGGACCGCUUUUUCUUCCCUGUGGUAGGGAUUGAAAUUACUGUUUAAAGAGCAGAAUCACAAAGGGGUUUUUCUGGGAGGGAUGUUCAGUCCUGGUCUGUGUUACGUUUUUAAUUAUUUCGUUUUUGUUUUUUCUGGGGCGGGGGGUUUAUUUUGAGCGAUGGACUUUUUAAUGGAAUUUCUCAAGGCAAAAUAUUUGAUUUUAUUAUUGAAGACUUUCAUAUUGUAUGUUUGCAAACUUGAGAUGCGUUCCUUUGUGUGUGUUUAGGGACUGUAAGAUAAUUGGUGUGGAAUUUGGAUCCGGAGAAAUCCUCAUUCCGAGUUGAUACGUAUUCACAUUACAAGGUUUGGAAAAGGACACGCAGCCCUUUUCUCUAAACUGUGGAGUUUGUACAGAGGACCUGUAUUCAUUUGUACAGAAAGGAGUGUGGCUACUGCUCACACACAUACACGAACACACACGAGCAAAUUGUGAAAAUUGCUCUUUAUUUUUCAAGGUGCCCAAAUGUGUUUAAUUUAUUGGCCUGGAUUCUGUAGUUGUUGCUUAAGGUGUAGGAAAAAUGUUCCUCUUGUUUUCUCUGUUUGAUCUCUGAUACAUCAAUGAAGUCUCCUCCACCUCGCGGAUGAUGUCGGAGCUUCAUCUGACUGCUGAUUUGUUCAAAGAGUUCUUCAGUUUUUUCUCCUCCAUGAAACUUGAAUUGAAGGUGAACGAUUCUUUAAUGUAAAUCAUGCAGCUUGAUGACAGUGUAAAUAAAAGCAAAAAAGAUUGAGAUCGCUGUAUAAACUGGUUAAGAUUAAGAACUUGUUUCGUACUUAUAUACCAUAUUGUUAAAUAAACUGUGUGCAACAGACAA